AAAAUCUUUUUUUAUUUAAGAAAGCAUUUCAUGGGAAUUUCAAGAGAUAGUAGACACAAAAGAAGACUUACUGGAGGUCGUAUGCCUAUUCAUAAGAAAAAGAGAGCCUUUGAAAAAGGAAGAUAGGCAGCAAUGACCAAAUUGGUAUCAGGAGAAAAGAGAGUCAGAAGAUUAAGAGUCAGAGGAGGAAAUUUCAAAUUCAGAGCUCUCCGUUUAUCAGAAGGCAAUUUCUCUUGGGGAAGCCAAGGUGUUGCUAAAAAAGCUAAAAUUGUUGAGGUUGUUUAUCAUCCAUCAAAUAAUGAAUUGGUCAGAACCAAGACACUUACUAGAGGAGUGAUCGUUUAAGUUGAUGCUACUCCAUUUAGAUAAUGGUAUGCAAAGAAAUAUAAUGUAGAAUUGGGAUCAAAGAAGAAGGACAAGAAAGUAAUAAUGAUUUAUUAAAUUAGGAAGGACAACCUGAAUCAACUAAGAAAUCAAGAAGUCUGAUUAAGAAAUUAGAAGAAAGAGCAAAGGAAAAUGCUAUUGAUGCAUUGGUUUAAGAAUAAUUUACAAAUUAAAGAUUGUUGGUUAGAAUUACAUCAAGACCAGGAUAAUCAGGAAGAGCUGAUGGUUACAUUUUGGAAGGAAAGGAAUUAGAAUUUUACAUUAAGAAAGUCGAAUAAAAGAAGAAAUGAUUGCAUUAUUAAUACAUUACAUUGCACAAAAAAGUACAUUAAUAUUAUUU